UGUUUUACUGGACUGGUACUGCGCGUGCGCAAUGUUAGGAGUCCUUGGCUGUCCGGCCUCCUGUAGGUUACUUAUCCUGUGAGGGACACAGACAAAAUGCAGAGCUGGACACAGCUGUACCGCUGCCUGGCCACGCGCAGCCACCAUCUUCCCUGCAAACUGCAUGGAGCUACAGCUGUUUCUGUCCGAACCUACGCAGACAAGGCAGCAAUUGAUGCAGAUGUCACAGUUGUGGGGUCCGGUCCGGGCGGCUACGUUGCCGCCAUCAAAGCCGCACAGCUCGGCUUCAAGACAGUAUGUGUUGAGAAAAACGCCACGCUGGGAGGAACCUGUCUCAACGUCGGCUGCAUCCCCUCAAAGGCUCUGCUCAACAACUCCCACCUGUACCACAUGGCUCAUGGGAAGGACUUUGAAAGCAGAGGCAUUGAAAUUUCAGGCAUCUCGUUGAACCUGGAGAAGAUGAUGGCUCAGAAGAGCGGGGCGGUUAAAGCACUCACCGGAGGAAUCGCACAUCUGUUCAAACAGAACAAAGUAACCCAUGUCAGUGGUUUUGGAAGAGUGACCGGUAAGAACCAAGUUACUGCCACAUCAGCAGAUGGCAGCGUGCAGAUCAUUAACACCAAGAACAUCCUCAUCGCCACAGGCUCUGAGGUCACACCUUUCCCUGGUAUCCAGAUCGACGAGGAGACCGUUGUGUCUUCAACAGGAGCUCUGUCCCUGAACAAAGUCCCAGAGGAACUGAUCGUGAUCGGAGCUGGAGUCAUUGGAGUGGAGCUGGGGUCAGUGUGGCAGCGUCUGGGCUCCAAGGUCACAGCGGUGGAGUUCCUGGGCCAUGUGGGCGGCAUGGGUAUCGACAUGGAGAUCUCCAAGAACUUCCAGCGCAUCCUGCAGAAACAGGGCCUCAAGUUCAAGCUCGGCACCAAAGUCAUGGGAGCAACCAGGAGGCCUGAUGGGAAAAUUGAUGUGGCGGUGGAGGCGGCAGCUGGAGGGAAGAACGAAACUCUGACGUGUGACGUGCUGCUGGUCUGCAUCGGCAGACGACCGUACACCCAGAACCUGGGUCUGGAAAGUGUCGGCAUCGAGCUGGACAACAGAGGUCGUGUUCCCGUCAACAACCGCUUCCAGACCAAAGUGCCCAGUAUUUAUGCAAUCGGUGAUGUGGUUGCCGGGCCAAUGUUGGCCCACAAGGCCGAAGACGAGGGCAUCAUCUGUGUAGAGGGAAUGGCCGGCGGCGCUGUGCACAUAGACUACAACUGUGUUCCCUCCGUCAUCUACACACACCCUGAGGUGGCCUGGGUGGGAAAGUCUGAGGAGCAGCUGAAAGAGGAGGGCGUCCCGUACAAAGUUGGAAAGUUCCCUUUCGCAGCCAACAGCCGAGCCAAAACCAACGCCGACACUGAUGGCUUGGUGAAGAUCCUCAGCCACAAGGAGACAGACAGGAUGCUCGGAGCUCACAUCCUUGGAAGUGGUGCAGGAGAGAUGAUCAAUGAAGCUGCUCUGGCCAUGGAGUACGGCGCCUCCUGUGAGGACAUCGCCCGAGUCUGCCAUGCCCACCCGACGGUGUCGGAGGCUUUCAGAGAAGCCAACCUGGCCGCCUCCUUUGGCAAAGCUAUCAACUUCUGAUCUUCCAGCCGCUGUCGCACCUUCAGUGGACAUUCAGCAGAGACAGGAGACGCUGUGUGUCUGAACUACUUCUGGGAUCCUCUGUUCAUCCAGACCGCUCCACAGUUAGCUUCAUCUUAUUUAAGUAAAUUAAUAAAAGGGUUCUGGGCUUUUUGUUUUCCACACUUAGUUGAAAAAAGUCCCGGAGGAGCAAAUUCUGCACUAAUAUACAGCACAUACAGAUAUGAAUAUUAUUUGUCAGGUAGUUGAGGGGGCGGGGUUCUUACAGUGUGGAAGAAUUCAACACAACAAACAGAAAUAAGAGCAGGAAUCUGGAGCUGGGUUAGGGUAGCUCAUGGUUUGACUCAGAAUUAGGCUCCGCCCCCAUCUGUGACAUCACAGGGCUGAGCGUAAUUCUGUAGAUGGAAAAAUGGAGCAGCAGCUGUUCUCUGUAAAACUGUCGUAUUGAUGCUUGUCGGGUCGUUUCUGGUCCACAAAGAUUUCCUGCUCCGUUUGUAACUGUGACCUGUUCUCACUUCUCUCUACAAUCGAAAAAUAAAUACAGUUCAAUAAUA